GGGACUUGGACCUGAUGGGCUGGGCGAGGGAUGGUGCAACGGGGUGGCGCGUGGCGGAGUUUCUUUGCGCGCAAGAAGGCAGGCAGGCGCGGGCGCACCUGGGCAUCGCGGGCGCAGCUUUGCAACCCCGGGAGAGGCGGCGCAGCUUCUUAUUUGCAACGGAUCCACAAGGUGGGAAGGGAGGAGAGAGAGAGAGAGAGAGAGAGAGGCAACAAGGCAGCCCUGAAGCCACCCGCCCCGAUCCCAGCCUUGGCGUGGGAAGGAGGGAGCGGAGCUGAUCCACCUUACCCAGCCCCAAGGCGCACCCAGCCCCUUCGUUCAGGAGAAAUUUCUUCUCCUCCCGGGAUAGAUCAGCCUGGAGAUCACUGCAGAAAUGGCCCUGUUGAAAUGCGGUUGGCUCUGGAGGCAGAGCUCUAUCCUGAGACGCUGGAAAAGGAACUGGUUCGUCUUGUGGGUCGACGGCACCCUCGUCUACUACCACGACGACACCGGACGCGAUAUGGACGGCCGGAUCAACAUCAAGUUCAACUGCCGGGACGUCCGGACGGGCCGCGAGUGCCGUGACAUCCCACCUCCUGAAGGCAGAACCCGCGAGUGUCUCAUGUGCAUCGUGCAAAGAGACGGCUCCAAAACGAUGCUGUGUGCCGAAAGCGAGGACGACGCUGUAGCUUGGAAGAUAGCGAUUCUGGAGGCCAAAGCGACUCAGGUGCACCUGUACGACCCGUACGAUGACUAUUACCAGACGGUUCCCCUCGACUCCCACCAGGCGAUGUACGUCAGCUCCGAUUACUACGGCAACCAGUACGGAGCACCCGGAACGACCCACGUCAUUUUCCGCGAGGAUCCGUACCGCGUCUCCGGAGACCAGAUGGCCUUGGGCCUGCUGGCGGGGGCCGCCUCGGGGGCUGCACUGGGCUCGUUCAUGUGGAUGCCCUGUUGGUUCUGAGCCCCCUCUUCCGCAGACCCAGCCCAGACGCUCAGCUAAGACGCCGCUGCGAUUCCCCACCGGAGAGGGAGGGCCAAAGGGGGACCUGCUUUGUAGGGGGGGGCCGGGGGGGGCAGAAGCAAAACCGGGAUCCCCCCGAAAAUCUCUGGGCCGUUUGCGGGAGGCCGGCAGCCGUCCCUUAUAACUAAAUCGUCUUAACAAAAGAGUUAGCACCAGAAAGGCUUCUUUCGUCGCAAGGAGGCCAUUAGCAUCCCUGAUGUGCAGGUAAGCCCAGGGGGGCAUGGUAGGCAGUAGGCCCCGCCCAGUCCCAGCCGCCAUUCUUCACCUAGCUCCGCCCCCUGAGCCGCCAUUUUGCACUUGGCCCCGCCCACCCGAGCCACCAGUUUGUCUCUGCUCUAACAAACCAUAGCUAGCAAAUAUAAUCAGAAAUGGAUUCCACCAGCCUGGUUAUCUGCCCACACCUGAUGUCGACUCCAGGUGAUAUUUGCUUCUGCCGUCAAUCACAAGAGCUGCUUUUUCCGCUGCCGCACCCUCCCUCCGCAUUUCGCUUUGCUAGGCAUCCUCCAGCUCGGCUUACUCAAAUCGGUCUUCGUGUAUUUUGGGGGCGUAGCUGCCUGCUACGUUGUCCUGCCUCCCCAAACAACACGUCGGUUUGGUUUGGUUUUUGCUGGCACCCUGGAAAUUGCGGAUGAUUUCUCACCUGCACCAGGGCGCUUGUGGAAAAAGGCAGACACCUUCCAGUGCCCAGCAGCUACAAACUUUUCCCACUGUUCUUUCUGGCAAGAGCCCCCUCUGCAUUUUGACGCUUCCACGGCAGGCCGAAAUUCAACAGGUGAAGCCUUUCCGCAACAACGGGGAGCAGCUGCACUUGCCGAAUUACUGCUUCUCCAAGGCACAGAGCCCUGCGGGGAAGGAAGCCGCAAACCUCCAGGUUACAGAUGUCAGCUUUCAGCUUGUCCUUAUUUAUUCUGGUGAAACGAGCUCCUGGGGGGCUCGUUUCAGAUUGCUGGUUGUUGUAAAGGUGGGUUUCCAUCUCUCCCAGACACUUGGAGGUUUUGUGGCUGAUCUCACCGGGAUCACGGCCUUGGGACUCUGGCUGAUUUCUGGGAUGGUAGCCGUUUUUAAGUCGCCUGGCAACAGAGCAGCUGUAGCUCAGUGUACGCAGAAGGUCCCCGGUUCAGUUCCCAAUGGCAUCUUCAGGUUUCUGCCAUAAAUCCAGCAGGGCUGCUGCCUGCCCGUGUAGGCAGCACUGAGCUCAAUGAACCAAUGGUCUGGCUCCGUAGGAGGCAGGCUUCCUAGCUUCCCAAUAAAGAGUCAUAGGACACUUUUGAAAACUGCCAAAUUUAUUAUGGCACAAGCUUUUCAUGCAAAGAAGUCUAGUCCGUGGAAGCGUCCAACUGAGUUCAGAGGGGGCUGGUGUCCCCGAUAUGUCUGUUGUUUUUGCAGGUUACAGUGGUGGGUUUGUGCUUUUUGGUUUAUAGAAGUGUAAACCACUAUGCACGCAGUUAAGACUGUGGAACUCCUUGCCACAGGAGCCAGCGAUGGCUGGCCACCAGCUUGGCUUUGAAGGGGGACCAGGCAAACGCAUGAAGGAUAAGGCCAUGCUUAAGCUCUGCUCUGAACGCCAGUUGCUUGUGGGCUGCUUUCCCGUCCGGGCAUCUUCUUGGCCGCUGUGAGACGAAGGUGCUGGCUAGACAAGCCUUUGGCCUGAUCCCUAGAAUCCUAAGAGAGUUGGAAGGGUCAUCUGGUCCCUGCUGGAAUCACAGCAGGACUCUCCUCGCGCCCUUUGCCCAUUUGGCGUGAAAUUUUUCACGGUCACCCCGCCAGAUGUUUGCCCAGCCUGAGCGUGGAAAACUCGGAAGCAAUAGUUUAAAAGCUGCAAUCUGCAUGUGCAGAGGUGCUAUAGAGGAGUGCUGAGAAGGAACCGUGUCAGAGACACCCCCAAGUUACCCCUAAUAACACACUGCCCUAGAGCAGUAGCCUGGCAAGGCUGAGUGGCAGAAAUGCAUUGCUUGUGUUUUAGCAAGUGAAAGGUAGGCUUAGUGAGGCUGCUAGCCACAAGGCCUGGCCCCUGAGCAAAUGCUUAAAAUAUAAAUGGGUGGAAGCAGGAGAUGCAAGCUCUCCCAAGUGCCACAAUACUAAAAUCGCCGCAAUCUUUUUUUCUUGGCCGUUUCAGAACUUUCCCUCUCUGCAGCUUGAAAGCACAAUUAUGUGACCAAACCACAACCGAUUGCACUUCACAGCUAACAACGCAAAUAUACAGCCUCUCUCCUCCUUUUUUGACUGUUUAUUUCUUUUCCAAAGUUAUUUAUUGACCAUUCCACACACACCCCGCCCCAGAAAUUCCCCAAGCAACAUGCAAAAUUAAAGAAAAAUAAUCUCCCCUCCCUAUGGAUCGAUAACAUUACUGUCAUUAAAACAGUCCAAACGGGUGAGGGGGCUGACUGUUGGGACUGCACACUUAGCCGCAGCAACAUUACAGAGACCACAGGGGCGGCUGGUUCCUUUGGGCACAGGGAACAUUGCCCGCCAACCUCAGACUACACUCUGCCAGCCCCCGCUGCUUGCUUCCUUUAUUACAACUAUUCCAGGGGGUUGCACUGCCAGCCAACUUCCUUCCCCCUCCAUAGUCUCAGCUUUGAACUCAGCAAGGAAGAUGGGGAAGAUGUGAGGAUGAGUUUGCUCUGGCGCCACCUACUGUUCAGCUCCCUGCCUUGUGCCCUACCAGUUGACACUACUAAUAAAGGCAAAGAAUUGCAGAGUUGGAAGGGGGUCAUCUAGUGCAAUGCAGGGAUCUCAAGUGGGAGGCUGCUUAUCAAAGAUGGAAGUGGGGUUUGUGAGCAUCGCUUGUGGUUCUGCUAUGCAUCCCUAGGAGGUGAGCAUUCACCAGGGUGCACACUCCUGUUCUGCUUCUGCUCCCGUUCAUUGUAGUAGCUCAAAAGUUAUCUUGGGGGCGUUCUCACAUUCUGGAGGCAGAACUGAAGGUUGCAUUUAGUUCCAGGAUUCCAUAAACACAC